AUGGCCCAGGCUCGCUCCGCGCGCCUAAGUCCCAGGCUCGCUUCGCGCGCCUAAGUCCUGGGCCGGGGCGCCCGGCUCACUCCGCGCGCCUAAGUCCGCGCCCGGUUCGCUCCGCGCGCCUAAGUCCUGAGCCGAGCGGAGAGUGGAUUCCUCACAUCCGGCACUACCGCACCCGCCACGACAUCCGGCUCCAAUCGCAAUGCCUUCCCGAAGCAUGCGCGGUUGGACGGGCCGAAGACGUUCGCGAACUGGACACGCCAGCUUCGCCUGUGCCUAGCGGACGACAUCCGCUCCUACGUCCUCGACGGAAUCACCCCCGACGAUUGGACGCCUUCGCAACGCUCCGCCCGCGACGUCGUGGCACGCGAGAUCCUUGCAAACUCAAUCGACUCGGCCGAAGUCUCGGCAGUCCUCGACAAGAUCCCUACGGCCGACCUCACAGCGCCCAAGAUUUACUCGACGCUGAAAUCGCGAUACGCCCCUGAUGACGCCACUCGCACGCUCGAGCUCUUCUCGCGACUCUGGGGCUUCCGACCCAUGCCCGGAACGGUUGGCGAAUUUGACAGUUGGAUCAUGGACUUCAAGUCGGUCGCGCAAGAGAUCAUCGAUACGAAAACGACGAUCAACGACGUCCUUGCCACACUCCUCCUCGCGAUCGCCCACCCGUCACUCGAGAGCUUCAAGGCAACGUUCACCGACGAACAACGCACGCAACGAACUCUCCCUGACAUCGAUUCAGUGGCCGACCGUAUGCGAGUUCAACUCCGGUCAACGAACCUCUCCAACGAUCAAUCGGCCCUCCUUGCCUCGUCGUCGCCACGUUCUACCCGUACCAAGUGCCUCGCCUGUCGCAGCCCUUCUCACCGCGUCGCACAAUGCCCUACAAGGGCCCAGCAUCCACCGCCAGGCCCGUGUCGCUCCUGCAAGAAGAAGGACCACUGGUCUUUCGACUGCAAAAAGGCUCUUGAGGACGGGAAAACGCCCGACACCUCUGAUGCGCAACACCAUGUCGGAUGUCUCGCCACCGGUCUUCUCGCACAUCGUCGUCAGCUUCGCAACAACUCCUUCGUCGUCGACUCGGGUGCCACUUCGCACAUGGUCUCGGACAAGUCGCUGUUCACGGCCUAUCGCCACAUCGCUCCUACGAAGAUUGGUGGUAUUGCAGGGGGCAUCAACGCCGUCGGAACGGGAAACAUCGCCUUUGUUGCCGCCUCCGGUCACCCGAUCACGCUUACCGGCGUGCUGCACACCCCGGGCCUGUCUGUCAACCUCCUCUCGGUCUCUCGACUUUGCGACACCGACGAUGUCCGUGUCGCCUUCACGAAGCACGGCAUCCAUAUCGACAAGAACGGCAAUGCUAUCGCUGAAGGCGCAAGACUCGAGGAAGGGCUCUACUUGCUGGACGCUGAUCAUUCCAAAUGUCAGCAUCUCGCUCUCCUCUCUCGCUCACAGUCUUCCGUGCCCCUGCUGACCCUUCACCGCUGCCUCGGCCAUCUCGCACUAUGA